GCUGUAGCUCCUCCUGCAGCAUCGCUACUAUGGCGGAACACGGAGCAGGAAUUCCGUCUAUGUGACCAUGACGGCGUUGUCAAACGGCUGCCGCCAGAGGAUGAACGCUGGGGCUUUAGAGCCGACCUGUUGCCUGGUGACCAACGGCGACCUCGAUGCUUAAAACUUACUGCUGCCUUGAGAGUAACUUUGCCUUAUUUUUUUGUAUUCCCGCCAUGGCGGAAGUACAUCUGUGUUCGAGCUAAGGCGCUCGAUCAGAUGCUUCGAGUUGGACUGGUGCCUUGGCUUUUUUUCUUUAAAAAAUAUACAUACAGUAUAAGUUGUCGAACUUUAUUGGCAAGUGAUGGAUACUUUGGACGUGCUGUCACACGGACUGGCCAACUUGUCAAUGUUUCCCUUCUUUGACAUGGCGCACUACGUCGUGUCCGUCAUGGCUCUGAGGGAGCAGCCAGGAGCGCUGGAGGUGUCCCGCGCGAGCCCGCUGGCCUGCUGGUUUAGCUCCAUGCUGUACUGCUUCGGCGGUGCCGUGCUCUCCGGCAUCAUGCUGGCCGAACCGCCCGUAGCGCCGCUUUCCAACGGCACCGCCGUCCUGCUCGCCUCUCUCCUCUGGUACCUGGUGUUCUACUGCCCGCUGGACCUGGUGUACGGCUGCGCGGCCCUGCCCCCUUUGCGCUUAGUUCUGUCAGGAAUGAAAGAAGUGACACGCACGUGGAAAGUCUUGGGUGGCGUCACGCAGGCGCGCAGCAAAUACAAGGACGGACUGCUGGUCAUGAUCGCCAUCGGCUGGGCUAGAGGAGCCGGAGGCGGUCUGAUCAGAAACUUUGAGCAGCUCGUCCGCGGCGUGUGGAAACCAGAAACCAACGAGCUUCUCAAGAUGACUUACCCCACCAAGGUGACGCUGAUUGGAGCGGUGCUGUUCGCUCUGCAGCAGACUCAUUACCUGCCUCUCCACACACACCACCUGAUGCUCAUCUACACCACAUUCACUGUGGUCAACAAGCGGUUUACCGUGUUAUGUAUCGUCCAGACGAGGAUGAUGCUGACGGGUUCGGCAACAUCGCCCUUCGCCCCUAUCGAAUCGGUGCUCCACAAGACGCUUUUCACUGGCUUCCGCUCGUACGCCGCCCUUACUGCGCCAUCGACGAAUAACCCCAAUGGGGUCAGCGGGCGCCUCCAAACCAAAGACAAGUCAGUGAAGAAAAGCGACUGAUGAAGCCUCUGCCGUUGAGCCGUCAUCACGCGUUGGUGAACGCGGUUGCCUUGGGGAAAUGUCUUUCUUCAGCGAACUCCAAUCAAGUCUGCGCCUCAUUUUGGAGGUGCCGUACUGUGAUGUUCACGACCCAUUGCACACUUGCGCGAAAAUGUGUCUUAAUUUGAAAUAUAUAUAUAUAUUCAUUAUAUUGGGAAAUUAAGCUUUAUCUCUUGGUUUUGGGAUCAAUGCUGAGCACCCGAAUGGCUUUUCUCUGUGUCAAUAUUCUGCCGUUUCCUGCAAAUGUUAUUUUUGCUGCACUAAUCAGGAAUGAUCUUUUUCUGUUUUUGUUAUAUGCUGAUUAUAUUCUAUAUUGUCAUCACCUUUAUUUAAAAA